AUGCAUCAACAAUCUCGCAAGAACCUGCACCUGCCCCAGCAUCGGUCGGGUAGCCACGUGAAAGGGCGCACCCGCAUGAAAGAGCGCAGGCACGGGAAAGGGCGCAGCUACGGCAACGGGCGCAGCCACGGGAACAGGCACAGCCACGGGAACGGGCGCAGCCACGGGAACGGGCGCAGCCACGUGAAAGGGCGCACCCACAUGAAAGAGCGCAGGCACGGGAAAGGGCGCAGCUACGGCAACGGGCGCAGCCACGGGAACGGGCGCAGCCACGGCGGCAGGCCCGUCCACGGCGGCAGGCCUGUCCACGGCGGCAGGACCGUUCACAACGGCAGGCCUGUCCACGGCGGCAGGCCCGUCCACGGCUGCAGGACCGUCCACGGCGGCAGGACCGUUCACAACGGCAGGCCUGUCCACGGCGGCAGGCCUGUCCACGGCUCAAACAGGACCAUUGGUGGCAACUUCACCAUAUUUGCUGCAUUAGCAAGAACGGACGUGUGGCUGUACCAGACAGGCGUCAUGUUUGACUUCCCCAGACCCACCAUGCCAAAUAUGGUCAGCAUAGCGGGUCACAUGGCUGAUGAGGUCAAGCCGCUCAGUGAGGAUCUGGAAAAGUUCGUGCAGAGUUCAGGAGAUGCCGGGGUGGUGAUAGUGACGUUCGGCUCCAUGAUAGCGGCUAUGCCCGCAGAGAUAGCCGACAUGCUGGCCGCUGCUUUCGCCCGCCUGCCGCAGAAGGUGGUGUGGCGAUACGCCGGGACGCCUCCGCCAAGUCUGGGGACCAACACCAGGACCAUGGAGUUGGCUCAUCCGAAGACGAAGGCGUUUGUAUCACACUGUGGUUAUAACGGCAUAUCAGAGGCCAUGUACCACGGGGUGCCGCUGAUCGGCAUGCCCCUGUUCGGGGACCAACACGACAACAUCGCCCGGGUGGUGGCCCGCGGGAUGGCGGUGACACUGGACAUCCACUCCGUCACGUCAGAGGAGGUUUACCAGACCAUCACUGACGUUAUUUCUAAUCCCAAGUACAAGGAGAAAGCCGAAUAUGUCUCCACCAUCAGUCGUGACCAACCACAGUCGCCCAUGGAGCGGGCAAUAUGGUGGAUAGAACACGUGAUCAAACAUGGCGGCCUCCCUCAUCUCAAGUCGAGGGCAAUCGAACUGCCCUUCUACCAGUACUAUCUGUUAGACGUCCUGGCUCUGAUUGUGACAGUUAUAGCCGUGAUAUUGUUGGUUGUUUGGAAGUGUUGUUUGUGUGCAUGUGGGAUCUGUAAGAGGGGUAGAAACCACAUCAAACAGAAAACUAUGUAGCAAGUUUAAACUGUAAUUUCCAACACAAAAAUUUGGAAUCACCCAAUCCAGUCUUUGUC